ACAUCUCACUCCGCCCUUUCCUCUGACAGCCGACCACGCCCACUCUUCGUCUCCCGCCCACUCCAGGCCUCCCCUCUGGUCUGGCCGCGACCCGGAGCCCUGGGAUGAGCAGCACAAGAGACCGCGGAGGAGCCCGGGAUUAUCCCAUUUCGGACACAGAGGAAGGAUUCGGCCAAGGCUCGUAGUUCGGAAGCAGUCGGGGGUCACAGGGGUCGGAGAAGCUCCGGGGAGACGGGGGCGGGAGAUAAAGGGGCUGAUCUGGGAUUUGUCACGUUCUGUUUCUGUGGCACCAAGUGGGGGGCUGUGACAUAGUGAGAGCAGUACUAGUGGGGGGCUGUGAUAUAAAGGGGGUAUAGAGUGAAUAUAGGGGCUCGGUGCUGACUGAGAGGAGGAGACUGUAGGUUCUGGAGGGUCGGCGACCCAUCGGACUAGGGGAGGUCAGUAGGUGGGAGGAGUUACAAGCGGUGGCACUUACCUGCAGGGCUGAUAUAGGUGGCUAUGUAUUGGCUGUACUCAUUAUUAUUAUUAGGGUUCUAUUGACUCAUUGGGGUCCCCCAGGCCUGUAGGGGGUCAGAGAGUUUCAGUGGAUCCCAUUAGAUCCUUCAGGGAAUGUCCCAGUCCCAGAUCUGCUCCUUUUUCUCUCAAUGGAGGAGACCGGACCAUCCUCAGCCCCCCUUAACUUUUAUAUGGACCUAUGAGACCCCCACUCCCUCCAUCCACCCCAGAGACCCCAUUAUUCUCCUUGUGUGAUCUGUCGGGUAUGUGAUCACUUCUCUGAUAUGGAACCUGAUGGAGACUCAGAUUUGGGGACCCAGAUUGACGUCAUCCAUGGACUCACCCCCAACUCCCAAGGGACUGGCCGCCUGCGCCCCUCAUCCUACCGGGCCCUGCGCAGCGCCGUCUCCAACUUGGCCCGUAUUGAUGACUUCUACUGUGAGAAGAUCGGAUCUGGAUUCUUCUCUGAGGUCUUCAAGGUGCGACACAGACAGUCGGGGCAGAUCAUGGUGUUGAAAAUGAACAAGAUGAUGAGUAACAGGGCAAAUAUGCUGAGAGAGGUGCAACUCAUGAAUCGACUCUGUCACCCCAACAUCCUGCGGUUUAUGGGAGUCUGUGUGCAACAAGGACAGCUUCACGCUCUCACUGAGUACAUUAACAGAGGGAACUUGGAGCAGCUCCUACAGAGUCCAGAGCCCCUGCCCUGGGGUGUGAGGAUGAAGCUGAGUCUGGACAUCGCCCGAGGUCUCCGAUACCUUCACUCCAAGGGGGUCUUCCACCGAGACCUCACCUCCAAGAACUGUUUGGUUCGCUGUGAGGAGAGUAAAUACUCGGUUGUUGUUGGAGAUUUCGGUUUGGCAGAGAAGAUUCCGGAUCACAGCCAAACGGAGCCGCUGUCAGUGGUCGGAUCCCCUUACUGGAUGGCGCCCGAAGUUCUCCGUGGGGAGUUGUAUAAUGAAAAGGCAGACGUCUUUGCAUUUGGGAUCAUCCUGUGUGAGAUCAUUGCCCGGAUUCCAGCCGACCCCGAUUAUCUUCCCCGCACUGAGGACUUUGGGUUGGACAUCAAGGCAUUUCGGGAGCUGGUGUCGGGGGCCUGUCCCUCUGGAUUCCUGCACUUGGCAUUUCAUUGUUGCAGGAUGUCCCCGGAGUCCCGGCCUUCCUUCAGUCUAGUGAGCCAGCGGCUGGAGGGCUUGUUAGACAACAUGGACAGGAAGAAAGUGAUCCCGCCCCACCAAUCAGCCAAUAGUCUGGAGGACGAGAUAAUGAGCCCCAGGAAUGGAGGAAGCCAAAGCUCUUUGCACUCACCCAAUCAGCAGCAAGCCUGGGAUACUCCCACCCCACCGGAUCAGCGGCUGUCCCGUAGCCAGUCGGAUAUGUUCUCACCACAACCUCAGGACCCUUAUGAUGACCUUCUGCGUGACACUCCUGCCCGGGUCAACCCCUUCUCUCAACGAGAGGAUCUAAAGGGAGGACGCAUUAAGCUGUUUGACACCCCAAGCAAGUCUGUCAUCUCCCUGACCUUUGAGCUUCCUCCACCACUAACCUACCAGAUGAACACACCAGUUACCCCUGAGCCUAUCAUGGAAGCUCAGUGUGACUUUUCAGAGCCAACAGCAAGACCUCGGCGCUGUAGGUCUCUACCUUCAUCCCCUGAGAUCUGCCGUAAGGGGAGCCCAUGCACUGGUGGGACCCCUUUACAACGGCCAGUCCAGUGGACAUCUGAGAAAAGGAACAUAAAGAGCAGGAAACUCAUUUCUGUAAAUUCAGUGGAAAUCCAUACAAACAGACCAAGAAUAAAUGGUGUUUCGCAGGAACCACUUAGGCGGUUAGAGGACCUGCCUUGUAAUCCCCAGCAGUCUAUAGGAGUCAAUCCUUCCAGCAAUCUGAAUUCUAAUGGAGAUCUAAUGGACUCUUUGUGUGGGGAAGAGCAGUCGCUUUCAACGGCAAGUGUAACAUUUGAGGAUCAUGAAAGUAAAAAUGGGCAAGUUCCAUUAAAGAGCGCUAGUGGGGAAACUGUGGAGGAGGAGAAGUGUAAUGGGGAUCAGUUUACAGUUAAUCCGAUCCCCUUGAGGACUGAUCAGGUGUGGGGAAGUGAGAACUUAGUCACACCAGAGAGAGACCAUAAGUGCGUUGUUGGCCCUUUAUCUCCAGAAAAUGGAUCUCCACCAAAUUCUCACCAGGACAGAAACGGGGAGUUGAGCAGGAACUCUAAACAAGACCGGGAACUGACUGAAAGUUUCUCCUGUGUAGAGUUACCUGAAACAGGGGAACCAAUGGACUGCUCCAGUAGCCCGGAUAGCACAGAAGAGAACACCUUCUGCAAAAGACCAUCACGGUUAAGGUCCAACGGGCCAAUUACAACACCCUCCCCUCCUUUGCAAUCUUCCUUAUCUUCGACUCCCUCGUCUUCCCGCUCUCCAUCUCCUCCCAUCAGCACAUGGCAGCAGGAGCCAUCAGUAGCCCAUAACAGACUUAAGCUUUCAGACAACAACAAUGUGGUGUGCAGCAAGCCUCUGGGGUGGGUUGGUUCCCUUCAACCCCGUUCUCUGGGAUCUUUAGAAGGAAACUUGUGGGAGGACAGUUUGCCUGGUUUGGGUUGUGAAGGAGGGGAAAGCGGCAGCACAGCUCCCCUCCAUGCUUCUUCCAAUUCUGUUUUGGACCAUGAAGAAACCGUCACCUGUCCAGCUUGCUGCCUGGGGGGCUUCAGCUUCAUAUCGGUUUGUCGUCGGACUCCUCCUGACUCAUCUCACUAUCAGAACUUGAACUGUGAGGCGAGUCGCGGGCUAAUAAACACAGCACCAAGAAUCAGUACUCCGAGGCCGGGGCCCAGCAGGAAGAUUCCUGAAGCUCAAACUUAAAGGAUGGGGACGGUUCUAAUGAGAGGCUUUGCUUUUGGGCUUAACACACAAUAUCUCAGCAAAAAACAUGACAAUGUAGAUGAGGCUGGUUACAAAUAUGCCGCUGUGAUUGUUUAUUUAAUUAACAUGCCCCUUUCUGAGCUUUCUGCUCCACACAGAGACAGAGGGUCUUCAUUUGAAAUCACCGCUACCCCAAAACAAUCAUUGUGGGGGUUUGAAUCUGAACAGAAGAGCUGCCACCUUGACGUCUUAUACUUGCGACACAUAGAGUUAUUAGGCCUAAUUUUAUAAAAGCUGUAUUGGGUAUUUUUCUCAAUUCCCAAAUAAUAUGUUGCACAAUGUCAAUUCCAGACAAACAUCAGGGGCAAAUAUUAAACCCCACCAAUAUAUUGUAGUCUAUACAGUUACACAGCGGGCAAGUGAGGUGAAGCCAUUGCUACUACCAUCUGGCAACACACUGAGGAGGCCUUCUAUCCACACCCAAUCAGAUAAGUUGCCCGAUGAGGAGCAUUCUCUAUUCUCACUAUUUCAUUGCUUACGAAGCCCUUGACUAUAGAAUAGAACAGUGUUUUACUACAAUGCCAACUACUGAUUGGCUGAAAGUCCAUAUGUUGACUUUAGACUAAACUUUGAGGGCUCCUUCCUAUUUAUUAUCAAUUUACUUUGUCUUUAGGUGAGCAGCUUCGACAGGGGCAGGCAUGUUGGUUAAGCCCGUAGGAUCAGUACCUUGACGAUGUCUUUAUGAAAUAUUGUGUUUUUAUGACGUGAAAUGACUACUGUAUAUGAGACGAGUUCUCUCGGAAAUUCUAUUUUUCUAUAUUUAUUUGUUCUCUGAUUAUUUAAGUAAUUUAAUGUUUGCUUAGUCGAUUGAUCUCCGGAUCUAAAUUGAGAAGAUGUUGGAAUGAAUACAUUGCGUUCAAGGACCAUGUAGAGUUAUAUACUCCUACUUUAGCCAGACGAUACCCACCAGGAAGCUAUACCAAACCAAGUGGUGGGAGGAGUCAGUGGAGCUCCCCGGUUAUUUCAGCCAAGCAUAAAUAUUGGGGUAUGGUGCCUGUUUACGGAGAAGGCCACUUUCUUAUAUGGGACAAUGUAAACCCUAAUGUAUAGUCCUGGAGGCAAAUCAGUUGUAGAUCAAGGAGAUCUUGGAACCUACAAUGGCAUGGCUGGUAAGAUAAUUCAGAAGGUGCUCAAGGAAAGGUCGAAUUUGUAUUUUCAGUGGAGUCUACUAAUAAUCUUCAGCAUUGGUUCUCUGACCUUGAGGCCAGAGGUUGGAUGUCCCACGACUAUUCCAGAUGUAUCACAGAAGUAUAGUUGUAUGCAGUUGUUUCUUUGUCCAUGUCUACUAUUUGCUGCAUUUGAUUUGCUGCCUAGGCCUGGGGAACCUACCAGCCCCCCUCUUUCACUUAGAGUAGCACAAUUGUGGGACGGCAGCUUGGUCCAUCGCAGGAAACUCAUGCCUCUUGAUCUGCCACAAACUCUGGAAAGCUCAAACAAUUUGUCAGUUGUUCCAAAGAUGGAGGGAAUUGCACCAUAAUCACCUUAGACUCUCUGCAAUAACAGAUCAUCCUCAGGUCUUACAGACUGGGGGACGAGAGGAAGCUCCUGGGUAACAUUUCCCAGUGUAGCAUUUUGGCUUGGGGUUUGUUUUCAGCCUGUUAUGUUCUUUGGGAGGUUUUUGGGUCAGUAGAAGGAGUCACAACUCAACAAGCAUGAGACGGCCAAACCCUGGGAAGACUAUCCUUCCUUAUUAACAAAUGCGGCCAUCUUCUUUAUUCCAUAAUAAGAAACUGAACCCAACAGCACUCUACUUUGCUUUUUGGCUUUUUGUAAUUUAUACCUAAAUAAGCACUUUAAUACAAAUAACUAGCAAAUAUUGCAGCCUCCAUCGUUGCUAUGAAGCACUUUAUGGCAGUCCAGUCUUGGCCACUAACGAAGUUCGCUGUGUUUCACAUGUUUGAGGGGCUGCCAUUGGCUACUUGCUCUAUUGGCCCUAUUAAAGCACUUUAUGCACUGCCUGGUUUAUCCUUCGCUCUUCUUCUGACACUUUGGGUGAAUAAUUAGCACUUACUGGGAAACAUUCUGCUGCUUCACCUGGUGUGGGGCAGCAAGUGGGGGUGAAUGUCUAGUAGUUUGUAUAUAGCUGCUAAAAUUUUUUAAAUUUUCUGUUUAACUCACACAUGAAUGUUCUCUGCCCCACCCCCUCGCAGGCAAAAGAGAGAUUUGCAUGAUAUAGAGUAUUUACAUGCAGGUUUAUAGAACACACAUAAUGUGAUUAUAUUAUAUUAACAAAUAUUUCAUCACCUUCCACUAGAUGUUUUUGUUUUUCUUUUACACCAAUAAAUCACUUAUUUCUGCACAAUCAUUGGUUGGGCACAGCAGGAACACGGGGGAUAGGGCACAUGGGCGAGGCUGUACUUGCUUCAAGCAGUGGCACUGGGAGGUUUGCUAAUGUAGCUGCUCUAAUGGGGGUGAUUUGGAAUGUCUAGGGUCCCAUUUGGCACCACUACCAAAGCCCUGGCACAUCAAUAUCCAUCUCUGUCUUACACUAACACAGCGAAACACCUGUAUUCCCAUGGGCUGUCACUAAUCAUUUCUGUACAUGUCCCCUAAUCAUCAUCAAUACAACUUCAGCUUCUUUUUGUGCCUGAUUUCAGUUCUCAACUCUGAAAUUUAAACUACAUCUCCAGCAGUGCAUUUGCACAUGGAUCCCUCAACGACAUUACUCACACAUGGGCAUGUGGGCACUAUACGUUCAUGCAGAGCAAUAUGGAUGUAGCCAUUGGGAACCAAGCUUUCCUAUGCAAUGUACUGGAUGGUCAUUUCCCACCAAUAAACACAAUAAUGAGGCCUGCUGACUGCCCCAUCCCAACCUAUGGAACCAUUUCUGGGUCACUAAUUCCUCCCUAACACCUUUUAUUAAUCAUUGCCAUAUUUUGGACCUUCAGAAAGGUCACACUGUUCCAUGUGGGCACCUGAAGGUUCUCCUCCAUCCCCAUGUUUCCCCUGGCUUCUGCUCUUCUGCUCUUCUGCAUCCCAAUGGCAGUGCUUGUGCAUCUUCUCACUCAUGGGCCUCCUAAUGCACCUUGUGCUGACAAAUGUGGCCUCAUCCUAUUCUAGCACCAAAGAAAUCACCAGCCGUUGGGUGUAGUGUUCAUCGUCAUAACUGGGAUCCUUCUUAUUUAUCGGAACCCUGAAACUGAUCAGUUUGCUGACUCAUGGGAUGAAAGCUGGUGCCCCCCAGCAACCUGUCCGACUUACUAUUUAGUGUGUUUAUUCCUAAAGGGCUGUGCUUGAGCUUCACUUCUAUUGGUUUAUGUAACACUGCACCUCACAGGUUGGGUUGGCUGAAAUAUUUAAGAUGUCAAAAAGCCGCAUAAAGCCUCAGUGACAAUCUUUCACAUCUGCUUUUUUUCCUUUUAUGAAUAUUUGCCCUUUUUGGGUGUGGCCAGAGGUCACGCCCCCUUUUUUAUUUUUAAGUGGUGUAAAUAAUGUUUCUUCUCCUGUGGUUUCUUUACCUGUAACCAUGCACUGCCCAUUUGUUUCCUUCAUUUGUAUUAUUAUUUUUGGACAUUGGUACCAGACAGAUUGCUAGUAAUAUAUACAAAGCUUAUUUAAACCAUUUCAAUAAAACUCUAUAUUACAGA